AGCCGCAUCUCGGUUUUUUUUUCUUUCCAUUUUUCUUUUCAUUAUUCUUGAGCCGAGAAAUCGGGUGUUUUGUCUUCUAAAAGGCCUCAUCAGCGUUCUUUCUCUAUCUCUGCCGCUCCUCCCUUUUCUGAGUUUCCUGCCCGCCCACGUUAUCGUGUUCACAAGCUUCUGCGUUGCCCCCGCUUUCCGCCUCGCAUACACCCAGCGCCGCGUAUUUCUUUAUUGUAGCAACGGACGUGACGAAGGUGUGUUUGUGUGUAUGUGCAGGCGCGGCUAUCCGGCUGAGGGGAACAUACACAUAUAUCAUUAGAUUACCAGUUCUUCUUUUACACAGUCCUCGUUAAAUACGAUCACCUCGUGUUGCCCGAGGCUGCUGGUUGGAGGGCGCGCGUCUUCUUUUCGUUUUAAGUUAGCUUGUUGACACGGCCUUGUGUCGCACUUAUUAUUCUUGUGUUGGUGUUCCUUCCUUCUUUCUCUCUUGGGCGCCCCCUCCACUCGCCCCCAUUCGCACUUUCCCUUUCUCACCCCUCGCUGCAGCAUGUACCCUCACACGAAGCAGGUCACCCCCACCCUCCAGAGCUUUGUUGCGGAGAACAAGGUGGAGGAAAAGGGGCUGAAGCUGAGCGACCUACGCCGACUGCCGAACUCCAACAACGUGUGUCUCGUCUUCGACGGCAGCCGUGUCCUCGAGGACGUCAUUCAGGACGUGCACGCCACAUGCCCCCUCACCAUCUUCACCGCCUCCACCCCGUCCUCGGCCUACACCGUCAUCAGUGAGUACACCGAGAAUGUGGCGAAGAUGGCGGAGUUCUUUGAGAGCCAGGAGGUAGACUUCAAGCCAAUGUUCGUCUUCAACGGCUGCGGCUUUCACCCGGCGGAGGACAUAGACACGACCUCGCCCCAGCCCCCGACGGAGCUCGCCGCGUACGCGGCCUACGACAAGACGAAAACGGUCCGCAACGUGCCGUUGGAGGUGCAGAAAAAGUUCGCCAAUCGCUUUGUAAUUGAGGAGGAUGUGGAGGGCUUAAUUGUUAGGAAGAUGUGCGAGUCGGUCAAGGAGACCCUGCGCGCACCGUAUUUAGCCUGGAGCCAGAUCUCCGCCUUCUUCGCCCCGUCGAACACGGUCGCCUCAGAGGUCUUCGGCUCAUUGGAGCUGCUCGCCUUCCCCGGCGUGGACCGCGUCAUCACGAACAUCGACGUCGACCGCGGCACCUUCGACUGCGUGUCCAAGGCGGUCUUGAUGGCUGCACUGCGCCGCCGCUACGACCCCGAUUUCCUCGAGGACGACUUCGCCGCCAUCGCGCUCUACGACACGAAGAAUCGCCUCUUCCGCGUGAAGAACCGCCACGACAACUUCGACCUGCUCUGCCGCCUUCCGCGCGACCCAACUCGCGUUGACGUCUUCUUCAAGCAGCCCCGCGUGGCGGAAGAGCAGAAGUCGCUCUUCCGCCGCAACCUGGCCGCGCUGGAGGCGCCGGUGCUGACCGCGGACGCGCAGGUGCUGCCGCUGGCCCAGCUCUACAACUCACCCAGCCACGGCGAGAUCCGCGCGAUCUUUGGCAGCCCGAUGCCCGUCGUCUUUUACUACUUCCUCAUGAGUGGGCCGCUGUUGCCGCUACCUUUUUCGAUUCACAGUCAGGAGGUGCUCAUGGACGACUGGCCGCUCAUCGACACCUCGGCCUACCGCCGCGCCGCGGAGUCGAUCCUGCCGCUGCGGGUGCAGGUCGCCUUCCAGCUCUUCCAGAUUGCGGACAAGUCGUGCGACUUCUACUGGAUUCGCCAGUAUGUCGUGUUCAAGAAGGCCCAGAUGACCGACCUGCCGCUGCGGGUGUGCAAGCUGAGCAACCCGCCGAAAAUCGAGCUCGCCUACUGGAACUUCGAUGAGGAAAGGCUGUUGGAUGCGACACAGGACGCGGAGAGCGUGUACUUCACCGACGUGGUGCCGUAUUGCGGGUGCGCGGUGGGCGAGGAGGUGCAGUACAAGUCGGCGCGUGCCACCCUCGCCGCUGUCUACCUGCGGUCCCUCGACUUCCUCGGCUACUUCACGCACGCCACGGAGGGGAUGGAGUCCAGCGGGCCGUCGGUCUACUGCAAGGCGCUGGAGCGGUUCGACUGCCCGACGCUGAGCGAGUACGGCGUACUGCUGAUUGAGCUGCUGCGGACCGGCACCCUGAAUGACGACCCGCUCGUCGUGGUGCUGAACAACGUGGACAACAAGAUGCCGAUGGGCGUGCGCUUUGCGUCGCGACUGGUAUCGAUCAUCCCGACCAACGUGAGUGGGCCGUGGACGGGCCCAUUCGACCCGGAGAUGGCGGCGUUUGGCGUUAUCUCGCGCCUCUUUAGCCGCACCCUGCGCAUCCUCCACGAGGUGGUGGCCACGCUCAUCUUCGCCAAGCGCGCGACGACGGUGCCGUGGGCGGAGUUUAACAGCGUCAUUCAGCAGAUUCCCUUCACCUUCCCCGCGGAGUUCUCCGCUGGUUUCCUGAUGACGUAUGUGCUGUGCAACCCGCACUGCACCAUGGAGGAGCUGUGCGUCACGUUCCCGGAGAUGUACGCGCUGGAGACGGACCUGCAGACGCUCUUUUGGUUCUUCACGAUGGGCUUUGAAGCGAUCCGCGUGCUCAACUACGAGGAGCCGCUCUUACCCGAUAUGCUGCAGGUCGUCAACGCGUCUCGCCUGCUGGUAGGUCAGGCCUGCGAGCGUCUCUGCCCGAGCGUCUUCGCCGAGCACUUCCCGAUGGAGGACAUCGCGCUGCUGGAGGAGUUGGACAUGCCGCAGGCGGAGGUGGCGAUGCCGCCGUCUCAAAUGCCGAUGCCGAUGGACAUGGGCAACAUACGCGGAGGGCCGAUGCCGCCCAACAUGAACAUGAACAUGAACAUGAAUAUGAACAUGCACCCCGGCAUAAACCAAAACAUGAUGCAAUACCAGUCCAAUCGUAUGUACUAG